AUGGUUCCUGACUUGGUCGAUUUGAGGCUGGAAGUGGUGUAUUGGCUGAGGCAAACUGCAGUGCCGUUGAGGCCAGGGGAUGAUAUAGAUAGGACUCAACUGCGUGGGUUGUCGGAGCAAGUUCAGGGAAGGUUGACGGAUGAGUCAUUGUUGUAUAGUAAAGCUGUCGUAUCGGGGGAAUCCGCCUUGUCCCCGGCCAAUGAUAUUGUACGCUUCCAGUUCGCGUUCUCACUUAUAGCGCAUUUUGCGGUAUUGGCUGACGAGUUCCACACGCUGGUGAGGGAAUAUGAGAUGAGCCUCCCAGAGGAGACCAAUGGGGCAAAGGCUGGUACAUCCAUUGAGACUGUCUCUAUCCAUUACGCUCUUUGCGCUUCCCCUUAUUGCCUGGGCUCAGGAGGAACCGGUGGUAGAGACGUAUGGAUUUUGGGGACUGGUACCACUCCUUUUCUGUCUCUUGCCGACCCCAGGGGCGUCUCUGGUGAAGGGAACUAA